GCAGCAGCGUGAGUGCGUGACGCUCGGCGGAGGCCUCAGUUCGCACGUGGCGCCUGUAGAGGCACGUUGUACCUGAGAGUGCUGGUGUAACUUCGGGCUCUGGCCUUUCGGCUUCCACUAUGAAGCGGCCGAAAUUAAAGAAAGCAAGUAAACGCAUGACCUGCCACAAGCGAUAUAAAAUCCAAAAAAAGGUUCGAGAGCACCAUCGAAAGUUGAGGAAAGAGGCUAAAAAACGGGGUCGAAAGAAGCCUAGGAAAGACCCAGGAGUUCCAAACAGUGCUCCUUUUAAGGAGGCUCUUCUUCGGGAAGCUGAGCUAAGGAAACGGCAGCUUGAAGAACUGAAACAGCAGCAGAAACUUGACAGGCAAAAGGAACAGAACAAGAAAAGAAAACUUGAAACUGACCCUGAUGUUGAGCUAUCUAACACAGAACCUGUAAAAGAGGAAUUAGGGCAAUGCAAAGCUAAGAAAGCCAGGACAAGCAAACAGAAUCCGAAGAGGCUGUACUGUCAGGAACUUAAAAAGGUGAUUGAAGCCUCAGAUGUUGUGCUAGAGGUGUUGGAUGCCAGAGAUCCUCUUGGUUGCAGGUGUCCCCAGGUAGAAGAAGCCAUCAUCAGGGGUGGACAGAAAAAGCUGGUACUUGUAUUAAAUAAAUCAGAUUUGGUACCAAAGGAGAAUUUGGAGAACUGGCUAAGUUACUUGAAGAAGGAAUUGCCAACAGUGGUGUUCAAAGCCUCAACACAACGGAAGCACAAAAGGAAGAGUGUCAAGGUAAAGAAGAAAGCUGCUCCAUUCAAAAGUGAAGUCUGUGUUGGAAAAGAAGGCCUUUGGAAGCUUCUUGAAGAUUUUCAGAAAACUUCUGGCAAAGCCAUUCAUGUUGGGGUAAUUGGUUUCCCAAAUGUGGGGAAAAGCAGCGUUAUCAAUAGCUUAAAGCAAGAACAGAUAUGCAGCGUUGGUGUAUCCAUGGGGCUUACGAGGUGCAUGCAGGUUGUCCCCUUGGACAAACAAAUCACAAUCAUAGACAGUCCAUGUUUCAUUGUGUCUCCACUUAACUCUGCUCCUGCACUUGCCCUGAGAAGUCCAGCAAGUAUUGAGGUAGUUAAACCACUGGAGGCUGCUAGCGCCAUCCUGUCCCAGGCUGAUGCCCAACAGGUAGUACUGAAAUUUACUGUCCCAGUCUUUACGAAUUCUCUGGAAUUUUUUACUUCACUUGCUCAGAGAAGAGGACUGCACCAAAAAGGUGGAAGCCCAAAUGUAGAAGGCGCUGCCAAAGUGCUGUGGUCUGAGUGGACAGGUGCUUCCUUAGGUUACUAUUGCCAUCCCCCUGCAUCUUGGACUCCUCCUCCUCAUUUUAAUGAGAGCAUUGUGACAGACAUGAAAUGGGGCUUUGAUCUGGAAGAACUGGAAAAGAACAAUGCAUACAGCAUACAAGCCAUCAAGAGCCCUCAUUUAGCCAAUAGCAUCCUUUUCCAGUCAUCAGGUCUGACAAAUGGAGUGAUAGAUGAAAAGGACAUACCUGAACAAUUGCCAAAACAGAAAAAACAGAAGCAGGAGCAGGGGGAUAGCUAUGAAGAUGUCAACACGGAUCAGGGAAUUGUUGACGAAGAAGGUGAUGAUGAGAGCUUAGACAUGUCCCCCGCAGAGGAGGCCUGUGAGGCACCGCCUGAGAAGUCUCAAGCAGACAAGCAGUCUACACCAUCUUUUGUCUUGGAUAAAACGACUGAAGAGGAAGAUGAUGCUUAUGACUUCAGUGCAGAUUAUAUAUAAUAAAGCCUUGCCCUGUAGAGUUUUUUGUUGGUGGUAGAUUUUAACAUUGUGAGCAGACUGCUAAGCUGUUCUGCAUGUGAUGUAUGUACCAGUUUGUUAGUGGUUAUGACGUAAGCUAUGUAAAUUUUGUGGGUAUUUAUAUAACAAUAUAUUUAUUUUAAAAAAAUCAGGCAACU